CGAAGAAGCUGAGACCGGAAGUAGAGUCUUCCGGUGUCCUUGUGCCGCUUACAGAAGUAACAGCGAGGAUGUACAGACAUAUGAUUGCGCUCCAGCAGGUGGCGCGGCGGAGCAUCUGCAGCUCUGCGCGCCGGCAGGUGGAGAACAAAGUCCCGAAGAAUCAGAAGGUGUUUCAGGAGGACAACGGGAUGCCGGUCCAUCUGAAGGGAGGCAGCGGCGACGCUCUGCUGUACCGGGCCACCAUGACCCUCACCGUCUUCGGAGCCGGCUAUGUUGUGUAUGAACUGGUGAAGGCGGCGUUCCCCCAGAAGAAGGACUGACUCCUGCUCCAGCUGUUUACCUCCAUACUGUAGAAACAGAUGAUGUUCCUCCGUCUGCGUGUUUCCUGUCUGCUGUGAUGUUGCUUCAUUUCAUGAGAUAAGUUAUUUCUUGUACCUGGGGAUCAAUAAACAGAAGAUACCUCUCAUGACCAA